CACAAGGGAAGUGGCGUCUGAUGUUCAAAAUAAAGAAUCGCAUGCCCUGCUGAUCCGUAGCUGCAGUUCGCAAGUGUCAUUCGAGCUGACAUCUCCUUAAAGGCGUUGUUUUGUGUUAUCAGCGCUUCCAAUGGCACUGGCUGGUAUUCGUGUCAUUGAACUGGCUGGCCUGGCGCCCGCACCAUUCUGCGGCAUGAUCCUGGCAGACUUUGGCGCCAGCGUGAUUCGCGUGGACCGGACGAAGGCUGCCAUGGCGCUGGACACCCAGGCGCGAGGAAAGCGCUCGGUGGCCCUCAACCUAAAGACACCGGAGGGCGUUGGCAUCCUCAAGAAGCUGUGUGUGCAAUCAGAUGUUGUUCUGGAGCCCUAUCGUAAAGGUGUAAUGGAGAAACUGGGCCUUGGUCCGGAGAAACUGUUGAAAGAGAAUCCGGGUCUUAUCUACGCUCGGCUUACUGGCUACGGACAGAGUGGGCCAUACGCUACGGCGGCGGGACACGAUAUAAACUACCUCGCCAUGUCCGGCCUGCUGUCCAGGUUGGGUCGUCACGGAGACAAGCCCUAUUCGCCGCUGAACCUGGUGGCGGACUUCGCAGGAGGAGGCCUGACCUGUGCGUUCGGGAUAGUCCUAGCCCUGCUGGAGCGCACCCGAUCUGGGCAGGGUCAGGUGAUCGAUGCCAGCAUGGUGGAGGGCGCGGCCUACGUGGGCUCCUUCAUAUGGAAGUCGCGAGCCAUCGGCAUGUGGGAGCGCGGCCGGGGGCAGAACAUGCUGGACAGCGGCGCUCCCUUCUACGACACGUACCGGACCGCCGACGGGAAGCACGUGGCCGUCGGGGCGAUCGAGCCCCAGUUCUACCUGCAGCUGCUCCGCGGCUUGGGAUUGGACGUCGCAGACCUGCCCCCUCAGAUGAGCCCUGACGGUUGGCCGGAGCUCAAGCGUGUGUUCGAGGGUUGUUUCGCCACCAAAACCCAAGCCGAGUGGUCGCGGAUCUUCGACGGAACGGACGCCUGCGUCACGCCGGUGUUGUCCUUCGACCAGGUGAGCUCCCACCCCCACAACAAGGAACGGGGGUCUUUCGUCAGGGAUCGUGGAGAGGAAGAAAGCCCCCGACCCGCGCCCGUUCUGUCCCGUACCCCCGCGGACCCCUGCCUGGACCGGGACCCUCGUAUCGGGCAACACACCCGCGAGGUUCUGGAGGAGUACGGCUUUAAAAGCCAUGAUGUGGAACGGUUGCUGGCAGCAGGUGCCAUAGAGCAUAACGUUCCCGAGGCAAAGCUGUGAGCUCUGUGAAAUAUAAGUGGCUUCUCAAGCCAACACGACUUCGGGGGAAUGAAUGUCAGUCACACCAAAGACACACAAAUGCAAUUAUGUAAAGGAGAACGAAGGAGAAUGACAUCUGGUGCUUUUAACUCACAGCCAAUUGGAGCGUUGCCUCUGGGGGCUGAGGAUAUUUUGUUUUGAUUAAUUGCUAAUUUAGUAUGUGACAGUACUUUCAUUUAUCUUAAUACAAUGAAAUACAACAAUUUUACUGUAUUGUUCACUUAUUUCUUUAACAAAAAAAAAAGUUACCAUCGGUAAUUUAGGAUGUGGGCAUUAUUAUAUAUUUUUAGUUGAAUCAACAUUUUCUGAAAUUUAGCUAGUAUUUUUGCUGUUGAAUAAUAGUGCCUUAAAGUACAGGAACAUUGCCUGACGUUAUAUUGUAAAUACUAUACAUAAAUAGGUUUUCAACCAGCAAUAAAAAUGUAUUGAAAUUUUCUAU